AUGAAGGGUGUAACGAUUUUCGCGACAACGUUCGUCACGGUGUGUCUGUGGGUUGGUAGUUCCAACGCCGCCAUGUUAGCGAUGUACGGUGCCAAAUCAGCCAAUGCUGACUGCAACGCUUCAAGUCAUCAACCUGCCAACUGCUACGCUAAGCGUGUAGGCAUUUUCCCGACACCACCCUGCUCGCAGCAGUACGAAAGUGCGUCCUACGAAAGCGUCGAAGAGCCUCGGGAGAGAGGAGUCGACCACUACUCCCCACCACCACCAGCUCCGAUGGCCGCGGGUGGCAAACAUUGCUCCGAAAAGAUGCUCCCGGUGUCGAUCUGCGUCCAGUUGCCUCCGGAUGCGCCAGUUAAGCUAUCGAAGAACCUGCUGCAGCAGAUCGUGUACUCGCUCGUCCAGGAUCCGGUUGUGAAGCGUCCUUAUGACACACACCGAAAACCCUGCGAAUACCCCAAGAAACCGUGUGCCUGUGCCAAUAAGCCGUACGUCCCACCGAAGGAGCCUUGUGACGUCCCGAAACCCUGCGCAAAACCCACACCAGCUCCAUACGUGCCCACGAAGAAACCGUGCGAUUACCCUACGACUCCUAAGCCUUGCACUACGAUGAAACCGACCGCGAAACCGUGUGCGAAGGAGUCCUAUAAACCUCGUUACGGAAUGUCGGCUGAAGGGUCCUACGAGUCCUAUUUCCCUGUGAAGGCGUUGCCCUUCAUGCCUCCCAAGGAUUCGUACAUGCAGCGGCAAUAUGGAGCCCCUAAGGAGUCGUGUGCUCCUAGCACCACCGAACCUCCGUGUUACAAGCCUCCCACUACCACUCCGGCCCCAUGCACCACCCCUGCUCCUCCCACACCCUGUCCCCAUAAGCCAAGCCCGCGUCCGUACAACUACGCAGCCCCGACGCAGUCCACGCCUUACGCUCCGUACACCGUCGCUCCGCGUUAUCCUUCGGUACCGUGCAACUCCUCCAGCUACCCGAAGCCCACGUACGGUAGUGUGCCAAGUUACGAGCCAAAAGUGUCGUCCUGCGCCUGCAAGGAACCGGCCAACUACCCAUCGGUUUACCCCAAGAAACCGUGCAGUGCGUGUUCCCGUGGCAACCAGUACUCGGCGGCUUAA